AUGGGUGCCAUCUCUUUGCCUUUGAGUAGGUCUGUGUUGAAGGAGCAGGGGAAUGCGGCGUUCUCUCGAGGCGAGUACGAGGAGGCAGUGGGGCUCUUCACGCGAGCCAUUCAAGUGGAUCCCAGCUGGAGUGUUCUCUUCAGCAACCGAUCAGCCGCCCAUGCAGCCUUGAAGAAUUUCCAGCAGGCGUUGCACGAUGGCAGGAAGGCACUGCAGUUGCAACCUAGGUGGUCAAAGGCGUACUCUCGCAUUGCAGUGGCACAUUAUGGGAUGAAGCAGUAUGUGGAGGCCGCAGCAGCAUACGAGAAGGGGUUGAAGUGCGACCCUCACAGCACCGUGUGCAAGCAGGGGCUGCAACAGGCGCGGGAGAGGUUGCAGCAGGAAGAUGAGAAGGAGGCCAAGACAUGGUGUCCCGUAUUGGCUGUCGGGUCUCACGGUGAUGGAGGGUUCUCUUUUAUGCUCUUUUCCAUUCCCAUCGUACGGUGCGUGGGCACAGGCGGUGAAGCACAACACCAGGGUGCUUACCCGACGUUCACGGCGCAUGGCGGUGGGGGAUGCGCAGGACCCCGUCUUGGCGGAAUAUGGCGCCGUGCUGGGCAGCGCGGUGAUGGACGGUAUCGCACGGGUGAUGCAGCGUGUGGGGAUCGAUGCGUCAGGCGUGCAGGUGAUGCCUCGUCGAUGAGUGGGUGCAAGGGGGCCGGUUCGGGAUUGGGAUUUCGGGUUCACACAGCGAUGGCGAUACCCCCCCAUGACCGCCUCUUGGGCCGCGGGCCAGGGCACAUGGUGAAGGCAGCGCCGGGUGAGGGGAAGUUCAGCUACGUGUCGAUUGCUGGGGGGGAGGGCGAGUGGUAUGCUCGGUGCAUCAUGCUAUUCCAUUUCAUUGACGGCGAGGCCCAGAUUCACAGGCGCGCCGUGGUGUGGUAUUUCGACGAGCAUCCCACCCCAUGCCCCGUGACGGGAUGCGCGAGGCUACUGCCGACUGUGGGAGAGGAUGAGUACGCCGUUGUCGAGGUGGACAACAUUCUGUCCCUUGCCCACAUUGUCCCGUGUUUCACUGAGCCCCGGUUCUCUUUGGUGAACCGGUUUCUGUUUGAUGACUGA